GAAGGCAGUUGGUGCAGCUUGUGUGUGAUUCCUAACGUCAUGUUGGCUGAGAGCCAGCCUGGUUUUAUUUCACUGUGUCAAAUUGUACCUCCUUAUUGAAUUCCUUUGCCAGCCUACUUUGUGAAAGAAAACAUUGGGGUUUCUUUGGCUGUUCUUGAUAAGCCUAUAAAAAUAUGAUAUGUUUUAGUUGCUUAUAGUUGCUGAAGUAAAGAAACCCUGCAGCCUUCCCAUGCUAUCUGUUGACAUGGAAAACAAGGAAAAUGGCUCUGUCGGUGUAAAAAAUUCCAUGGAAAAUGGAAGACCACCUGAUCCUGCCGACUGGGCUGUGAUGGAUGUCGUCAAUUAUUUCCGAACAGCAGGAUUUGAGGAGCAAGCUAAUGCUUUUCAGGAACAGGAAAUUGAUGGAAAAUCCCUGCUAUUGAUGACAAGGAAUGAUGUGCUGACAGGACUUCAGUUAAAAUUGGGGCCUGCUCUGAAAAUCUAUGAAUAUCAYGUAAAACCUCUGCAGACUAAGCACUUGAAGAAUAGCUCUUCCUAGUGCAGUCAUUUGGGGUCUUGGACCUCAAAAAAUAUACAGUGACAUAAUUUGGUUUCAUGUAAUGAAACUUUGUAAACAGAAUACAUACAUGUGUAUAUGUAAAGAAUUUCAAUCAAAUGAAACGUUAUCCUAUUGGAUAGACUAGGCAAUCCAUCGGCUGGCCUGAAACCAGCCAGGAGGAGCAGGGACAAGGUAUACACAGUUGGUUUUCCUUAUGGAGUUCGUCAAGUAGAAUGAUCUUUGAUACUGUUAGAUACCCCUCCCCACAAAGGUUUUGAAAUCAAGGAUUUUCUUCUCCAUUUCUUCAUGGAUUGCUUUCCCAAAAUUCCUUWAAAAAUAUUUUAAUGGAAUAAGCAUCUUUGGGUUACAGACUUAGAGUAAAAGCACAUGUACUUGGGGAGGGGGAAAAAAUAGAAAGGGAUCACUGUCUCCCUUGAACUCCUCUGCUCUGUAGAGCUGGUGUUACUUGGAUGGAUUUGCCAACACCCUUUUUUUAUAGAGGGUCCUCCACUUGACCUUAUUAAGGUUUCACUGGGAUUUGCUACAUGCGAUGUUUGAAGUGAGGUGCAUCUUGGCCCCUUUGGGAGCAGAGUCACAGCUCUGAAUAGAGAAACUCUGUUGUGUAGUGGGGACAUCCAUCCGUAUUCAGCUAGCUGUCAUAUGGGUAAUGGUAUUUUCUGCAUAGAUUUGCUUAUAUUGAUUCUUUAUUUYGAAAGCUUUUUUUUUUUUUACUUUAUGGUUAGUAUUUAUAAUAAUUUGUUUCUGGAAAAAAAUUGCCAAGAGUUAUAGAUAAAAGCCUUGUUAUUAGUACAGAAUAUUUUUAUAUAUAUUCCUUCAUGAUGCUGGAAUAUUUUUUUAAUUGUCUGAUUCUUUAUUUGAUUCCUGGUUUGAGUACUUGUCCUAAAAAAUUGAAAAAGUGGGCUUGCUACAUCUCUGUUCAAAGAGACACUGUCCAAUCCCUGUGUGUCAAUGCCUUGUUGAAUUGGUGCUUUGUGGUUGCAAUAAAGCAUUGCUUUAGUUUA